ACCUGAUUCUGUCACAUUUCUUGGACUUCUAAUCGCUUGCAAUCAUGCAGGGCUUGUAGAUGAGGGCCUAGAUUACUUCAAUACCAUGAACGAGAUUUAUGGGGUUACUCCUGAUAUUGAACAUUUCUCUUGCCUCAUUGAUCUACUAGGACGAGCUGGGAGACUGAAAGAUGCUGAAGAAUACAUGCAAAGAUACUCUUUUGGGCAUGAUCCAGUUGUUUUAGGUUGCUUACUUUCAGCUUGUCGGCUGCAUGGUGAUGUUGUAAUAGGGGAAAGAAUGGCUAAAAAGCUCCUACAGCUUCGGCCAGUUUCAACUUCACCUUAUGUUUUGUUAUCUAACUUGUAUGCUUCAGACGAGAAGUGGGAUAGUGUAGCAGAGGCAAGAAAAAUGUUAAAGGGCUGCGGCUUAAAGAAGGAGGCUGGUCAUAGUCUCAUUGAAGUGAAGGGUUUUGUUGAAAAGUUCACAAUUGGCGAUUUCUCUAAUUCAAGGAUCGAGGAAAUCAUGAAAGUGCUUGGUGCUUUAGGCUGUGGAUGGGAUGAAGAAACUUUUCUCCUUGAUUCAGCAUAAGAAAAGGAGUUUUGUUCCUCAUUCCACUCCUUCAGCACUAUUGCAACAGCUCGGUUAUGCCUAUAGUUGCAAGCAUGCUGUUUUGGUUUCCUGUACAUGCCAGAACGGAAGAGAAGCGUAUAAGACAUGUUCUUGUGCAGUUGUAUGGGGGGAAGUGGUCACAGUCUGCUUAAUCUGAUGGGUUUUGGAAUUUUAAGCUCGGCAUGCAUGAAGAACUUCUGAAAUGACAGAUUUUACUGAACUAACAAAAGUGGCUUCAUGAUGUAAUUGGAAGGCUUGGUUUUCGAGCUGUUGUUCUGGAGAUUUAUUUGAAAUUGCUUAGGUAACAGCUGAUUUUAUUGCCCUCAUUUUUUUGGGAUAGAUUUGGCAUUAUGAUACACACUGACAGAAAUUUGCCUCUAAAACUGCAAGAAAAAUCUUAAGUUCUUUAAUCUUUCUGU